GCAGGCCAAAAAAAUCGGCAAUGACUUGCAUGCAGUACGUUCUGUAUGAGUGGAAGUAUGAUGACGAUUUUGGGAGCUCUGCUGAGCGAGGAGCGAAUAUUAGAUUUGCCUUCUUGGAUCCUAAACGUCGCGAAGUCCGUAUUCAAUGCUGUGACGGUGGAGAAUCUCCGGGUCCUACUUGGAUUCCCGUCUUCCUCGGUAAGGACGUUCUCCAUUUUAAUGCCAGCGACAAGCAGGCCAACAGCAACGCGUGUCGCGUCCACGCGAGAUACGGGAAAGUCGGAAUGGCAUGCAGGCUGACGUUCCCUGCUGAACAGAAACCAUCCGGUAUCACUGGUGGCACUAAUGUGUACUGGUUUUACAGCGUACAGGGAAUAUUCAAGUUAGUUAAUGAUCUUGGAACGAGGCAGUUGCAGCUGGAGUGCUAUGACAGUUUUUUAAAAUUAUGGAAAGAGAGAUUUGAUGAUGACCAUCUUCCUGUUGAUAUUGAUGUGGUGAGGGUAAUAACAGAGACUGAUACUGAGGCAGUAUUGACUGAUGAAAGCGGAGGUCCUGGUGUUAGAGAGAUUGCUCAUGCUGUAGGGGAACGAGAGAAGGAUGUGGAAUCUCUUGUAGCUCGGCCGUUCUGUGUUGAUACACCGUCUGUAACAACAAAUGUCCACUUGCCGUCUCGAAUUACUGAUUGGCUUAAUGGUGCUUGUUGUGCUGGAAUGUCUUCUUCCAGUGAGGAGAUGCCAUUGUGUUUGAGUCUAAUUGAUGCGUUGUGUGAUUAUUGUGAUGCUUCACGUACAGAGUGGCUGUCUUGGGAGACGGGCUUUGAUACGCUUUUCUUAUGUGGAGUGGCAAAAUGGCUAGGCAACAAGCUACGGUCACUGGAAGGGGUCAUAAACGAAAGAGUGGAAAAUUUCAAGUCGCGAGAAAUUCUCAACAGUGGAAGCAUUUUGGACUGUCGUAAAUGCAUUACUGAUUUGUUUCAUCCCGCGAUGGUUGUUUUACUGUCAAGAUGGAUGGGACUCGUUCGUGAUCAGACCUGUCAUUUAGUGAACGAGCGGCAGUUGUGGCAAGACUCACAACCUCCGGCUAAAAUGCGUAAAGCAGCAGGUUUUCGGGCAGAUAGCAAUGAUGAGAUGUUCUGGAACACAAUUGAUGAGACUCAACAAUUUCGUGUUCCGGUAUUACAAACGGUUUUGGAAUUUAUAACUGGGUCUCUUGUGUCUGGAAAAGCUAUGGUAUUGUAUUCAUUUGUGGUGCCAAAUGAAAAUUUGUAAAUUCAUAAUGGACAGUAUUUUUUGAACUUGGGUUGUGUCAGAGAGUGAAUGUGUACUGGUCUCCCUUUUGGGAUGUCAACGUUUAGAUUCCCUGGAUUUAUAAUUUUCUUCAGAUUGUCAACCUCUGCUACCACACCUUUCUGGCAAUUUUGUACUUUAAAUUUAAUUCUUAGGAUUAGAAGCACAAAAAUUGCGGGGGGAAAAUGGAGCCAUGUUGUCACAAGCCCAUUCAGGAUGCUACUUGUGAGAUGUUUCCAAGUUUUGCUGCACUCACCUGCAGGGUGAGG